AUGAAUACUGAAGAUAACGAUAAUGAUGCGGAAAAUCAACGUUUACUUGACGAAUUAAUGAGACAAGGCUCUUUCCAGUUUGAUGCACAUCCGGCAUCCACAUCUUUGCAAAACGAAUAUGAUUUCAUGCAAUUCCAUCCAUUGCGCUCUCAAGGUUAUCCCGGUGAUACUCCAGCUCAUCAUCACGAAAAGCUUUCAUAUAUGAGCAGCAGCAACAACAGGAAACAUUCUCAUAACCAAUCCCCGAAUACAUCUGCUAGAAUCAACCAUGAUCAGAAUAGCAACAUUGGAAGACAGCCAUUCAUUUCUCAUCAUGCAAGUAUAGCUCAACCAGAACCACAAGCGUCUUUCCUAGAUGACAUGUUCGCAACUUCUUCUUCUUCACAUCCAUUAUCUACAAGUAUUACCGCAACUAGUGCUAAUGCUUACAGCACUGCCAAUAGCACCCAUCCUCAGCGUUUUUCUUCUCAUCAAGAAAAUGCUUCAAUGAAUAGUUUCUCUCGAAAUGCUCAUUUGGAUAGUAACUCUGAAAUAAACAACAAAGGAACACCAACAAAUAUUCUUGACGAUACUAGUACUUAUACUGCUACCACCAGUGAUCAUGAUAAUAUUGAUCCUAAUAAUAUAUUAAAUGAUUUCUUAUUUAGACCAAAUGAUGAUGCAAUGUUUAAUUACGCUGAUGAUAUUAGUACCUCAGUCGGAUCGAGUAUCAAUUCUGAGUUACUUGCAUCAAGUUAUUCUUCGUCGUUCUCAUUUAAUCCAACUCCUUAUCUAGAAAAUAUGACUGGAACUUCCGUGACCAGUAACAAUAAUAAUCUUAACAUUAAUACUAUCAGAUCACCAACAGCUUCUUCUAUACGACCUGGGAGUUUUAUAUCAACAUCUUUAAGGAAUGCUAGUAUCAACAUUAAUAACAAUACCCCCAAGACAAGGAAUACUUCAAUCUCAAGCUAUAAUAAUACGAACAAUAAUAUAAUGGACGGAUUCACGCCAAAUGGUACUAGUGCAGGGUUUGGAAGUCUUUCUAAAUCAGCUUUAUCUCAUUUAACCGCAGAGGAAAAGCUGAAACGUAAAAGGGAAUUCCAUAACGCUGUGGAAAGAAGAAGACGUGAGUUGAUUAAGCAAAAAAUAAAAGAAUUAGGUAACCUGGUCCCACCUUAUUUAUUGCAUUACGAUUUUUCGACUGGGAAACAGAUUAAAACUAAUAAAGGUAUCAUAUUGAAUAAAUCAGUGGAAUACGUUGCAUUCUUACAAAAUGUUAUUUCAGAACAAGCUAACAAGAAAAAUCUACUACAGAAUAAAGUUAAUGAACUAGAGAUUGAACUGUCUAAAUUAGGAUUAAAUGCCAAUGAAUUAAUACCCCAAACAGGAGAAGGAAAUCACAAUAUGAAUUCUGUAAAUGAGACAGAUUCUCAUCAAUCCAUUAAGAGUGAGUAUCUUAAAACAAAUGAGUCUAGUAGUGGUAAUAAUACUAAGGAUAACAAUAUUACACUGCGUACACCAACAGGAGCAAACGAUGAUUUACAAGAAUUUCUAUCGGGUGCUGCGAUAGAAGCACAAGACAAUGAAAGACUAAUGUUCGGUGAUGAUGAAGGAAAUCCGGCUGAUUAUCUACUUGAAUUCGAUUCCUAG